AUGAAUAUGAUGGUGUCAAUGACUUUGAUCCAUCUGGAACAUCAGAAGAUACUUUUAACCUUUUAGCUGAUGACACACAAUCAUUUGUUUUAAAUGAGGAAGAGUCUUUAAAUAUGACUUUUGCAAACUGGAAAAAACUUGACGAAUGGCUUGAAAAUUAUGAAUUAGAACAAAGCUUUGCAUUUACGAUUACCCACAGUGAUAAAGAUAAGGAUGAUGCACAUACAAAUGAAAAUCGUAACAGAGGACAUAAUACAAAUAAUUGCAAGUUUCAUAUUAAUGCUUACUGUCGAAAAAAGGACAAUCUAGUUCACAUUACAAAGGUUGAGGGUGAGCAUAAUCAUGAAUUAGUAGAGAAUAUUAGAAUGGUUUCCCCUUGUUAUCGUAAACUUACUCCAGAAAUGCGUGAUGACAUAGCACUUCUCGCUACUUGUGGGGUGCGUGCUGGUGCAAUUAUUGAAAAAAACUUGGAAAAGCAUUUUCUUAGUAAGUAUCAUGGUGAAAAAUGGAACAAAUUUUUUGCAGCUUUUUGUUAUGCACGCAAUAGUCGAGUUGAAUCAAUUUUUGAAGAGAGAUGGGCUACAUUGUUGCAGGAAUAUCCUGAUGCCACUAGUUAUUUAGAGGCUUGGGUAUUGUGUUUUACACACCGUGCAUUUAAUGCUGGAAUACAAAGUACACAACGCAUAGAGUCAUACAAUAGUAUUAUUAAAAAUAAUGUUAAUGGGUCAUCUUCACUUACGGAGCUUGAGCAUACAAUUGAGAGGUUAUUAGCAAAAGAGAGCAAAUUUAUAAAGUUAAAUAAACCAUUGGUAACUGUUGAAUCACCAAGAGGCAUGUUUUCUGAAGAUAUGUUUGAUGCAUGUGUGAUAGAACUCACGCAGUUAAUUGCAGAUUCAACACUUUCAAAUAUAUCAGCAAUUUCAUUGUUAUCAAAUAAUGGAUUUGGUACAGUAGAACAUGCAGUAGAAUUGGAUUUCUCUUAUUUAGAAAGCAUCCGCGGAUGUCAUCUUAUCAAAGAGAUGGAAUCUGAAGUGACUCAAAUUGUGCAAGGCAAUGAAACUACUAAAUUUGCUUGUACUAUUAGCAACCCAAUCAGCAUUAGAAAGAAAGGUCGAAAGCCCAAAAAUGUGAGUGGGAAUCAUAAAGGCAAAAAAAGACAAGUGGUUGAAUGUAAUCAGAAUAAAGAAAAUAGCAUUUAUGAUAAUGAAGAAUUGCCACAUAAAAGGCUUCGAAAAGCAUUACAAGAUAAUUUAAAUACAGUGAAUUUGGAAAUAAAUGAGAAUGUAGAAGGCGAAAGUAGUAAAAGCACAUUUAGACGAUGUGGAAUUUGUAGCCAAAAAGGCUAUAAUGCACGAACUUGCUCAAAUAACAAUUGA